UAUUGUAUUUUUUUUGUUAGGGAUCAAUAUAAUAACAUCAGGUAAAGUAAAAACGUAUAUAAACUGGAUUGCAGGCGUUAACAUUACUCCAAAGCAGAACAUUGUUAUUAAAACUAAAAUAUGGAUGGACCAUCAGAAAGUGUUAGCUUAGUAUCUUAUAGAAAAAAAAACGGAAGAAUUUCAACUACAUUGUUAGCUGUUUCAGUUUCAUCUGUGUUAUCUGUCUCCUAUGGUUUUGUUUUAUGUUAUCUUAUUUAUUUAAAAGAGCCUUGGUAUAAAAACAUUUCAUUUUGUCUUGCUGCAUCAUUUGGCAGUAUACUCUCUGGAAUUUUUAUUGAUAAAAUUGGCAGAAAAUCAACUGCUCUUAUGAACUCAAUGAUCUCUCUUUUGGGUUAUGCAAUGCUGAUAUUUGCAGAGGUUCAAUUAGUCAGUUAUCUGCCUGGCUGCAUCAUAAGUUGUGUUGGAGUUGGCAUGACUUCUCUUGUUGUACCAGUCAAAUCAUGUCCAUAUUUGCCGACUAAAAAUCAAGACUGGCGUCGGGAGAGAUGUUUCACCCCAGCAGAGGCGGAGCGUUUUCAAAAGUUGGGCAGGGGAGGGGAAGCAUUCCAAUUUCGUCCCUCCUUCCUCCACAGUUUUAGGAACAGCCGUUGUGCAGUACUCAGUUCGCUUACUUUAGAGGUUUAUAUUGCUGAAGUAUCAACAGCUCGUUUACGCAGUAUAGUGGGUGCCAUAACUUAUUAUGCAAUAGUGUUUGGAAUAUUUUUAUUUUGGUUAAGUGUUAUUUUGACCCGUGAACCUAAUGUAAACAACCAACUUAUUAAUCGUGUUAUACAUCCUAUUAUAUGUAGUUUUAAGGAUCAUUAUAACUUAACUAACUUGAACAACCAACUUCAAGUUUGUAAUAUAUAUAAUUCAAAGAAUCAAUAUAAUUUAACCAUCCAUCAAUUUUAUGCUGUAGUUGGGUUUUUUCUGAGUCUGCUAAGCUUUUUAAUGAUUUUUAUGCCAGAAACGCCAUGGUGGCUUUUAGCUCAUAAUCAAAAAGAAAAAGCUUUAAAAAACCUGUUGUGGAUUCUUGGUAGUAAUUCUGAUGCAGAAGAUACAUGCAAUCAAAUUGAAAUAAAUUUAGCUCAUCGGCAUAUAGCAUCUGUUAACGAUUUUCGUACACCUGGAUUGUAUCGUCCUCUCUUAAUUGGAAUCUUGAUAAUUUUUAUUCAUAAGUUAAGUUUUAUUGCAUACAUUGGUGAUGUGUUUGAUUUUUUUUCAAAUAACUCUGGUUCUAGCAAUAAAAUGUUUAAAAUUUGCUUUAUAGUGCAGUUUAUAUUCGGACUAAUGGGGUGCUUCAUAGUUAACAGAUUUUCUCGCAGAUAUCUUCUUUUAUUUGGGAGUGGUAUUUUUUGUCUUAGUAGCAUUGGACUUUUAUCCCAUUGUCUAAGUAGUAAACAUUGCUCUCUCCAAAAUAUUGAUCAACGAUAUUGGUUAGCAUACCUCAUCAUAAGUGCAACAAUUUUUACCUUUACAUGGGGACCAUUACCAUGGAUUAUAGUUUCGGAGGUAAUACCGUCUCGUGCUUGUGGACUUCUUGGUGGUAUCAUAAAGGCAACUACUUGGCUAUUAACAAUUUUUAUUCAAGCACUUUAUGCAGGUCCUGCUUCAACUGAUGUAGUUGCGUAUCUUUGCUUUUCAACAGUUUUAUUUUUUCUCAGUAUACUUUUUGUUUACUAUAUUGUACCUGAAACGAAAAAUUUUACUUUAGAAGAAAUCGAACAUUACUAUAUUAUUAACCGUGGCUUUCGAAAUUAUUUGCUUUAAAAUUCACCAAUUGUUUGCUUGCCAUUUUCUCCACUAAACUAUAUAAAUGUUACAAGAAUGCUGGGUUUUGAAUAUGCACUUGGUUUUCUCUUUCACGAUUAUUGCAUAAUUUCUUAACUUUUUUUAAUUUAUACUUAUAUAACUGUAUGUUUAAAUUACUAUAAGUGUAUAAAUUUAAUAAAUAUGUUUUAAUAACUAUAAGUGUAUAAAUAAAGGUAUCUGUGGUAAAGGUACAGAUUGUGAAACAGGUACAAAAUACAUGUACCACUGCAAAUCCACUACAAAUUUUAUAUUUAAACUAUAACUGUUUAACUGAUGUUUUAUCAUAUUUUUGUAACGGUUUUUCAUAUACUUAAUAAAUAGUAUUCUUUAAAUAA